UGCUAAUAUAUUGUUUUGGAGUCAGCCCAUUUUAUUUAUGGAUAUGAAAUUUCCCUAAAAAUACAGAUAUAUAAUAAUAACAUAAUAUAGAUAAGACUACUGUUUGUUUUUGCUCAUUAGCGGUACGUCAUGACGUCGAACCGGAAGUACAAACUAACGGUUAGUUUACUACAGUCUGGCAGUUGGUACUUGAAACGGCUGAUAUUUAGGGUUAGGAUUUGAAAGUGUCUGUUUCGCCCAUAACAUUUGCUGUCGGAGCUCCAUGAUGUCGUCGACGCUGCUGCUCAAGCUGCGGGUCAGCGAGCGGCUGGAGGCGGCUGUAGAGGAAGUCUUCGGACUGGUGGAGAAGACGGUGUCGGAGUAUCAGGAGGAAGCUGUCCGCAGCAAGAGAGAAAUCCUCCAGCUGAGAGUGCAGAUCGAGCAGCUGACCGUCCUGAAACCGAGAGUUAUACUACUGAGCGCAGACACCCAGACGAUCUCUCAGGAGAUUUUGCCUUCACAAAAACCAGAACAGCUGCCGCCGAAUGUGGAGGAAAAGGAGAUCUGUGAUUCUCUUCAGAUCAAGGAAGAGCAGGCGGACUGCAGUAUCGCUCCAGACAUCGCUAUCAAUGUUCUAGACACGCAGGCUGAUCCUUCCUACAGUGAUACACAUCAUAAAACAGAACCAGCUACAAACGGUGAACUGCUCCCAUCUUCCCCGGCUGUAACAUCUAUCGUAGACAAAAUCACAGACAACACAUUUGACCAAAGGAAUGGUGUGUCAUUAGCUCCUCGCAGUCAAAAGGUGAAUCGGUGGAUCCUCCCAGCCCUUAACAAUUGUUCUUCCAAGGAUGUCAACAUCAGACUCAUGGAUACUAAAACAACGGCUCCAAAUGACACCCAGCUGUUUCCCACCUACAGCACUAUCACUGUGACAUUAAACGAUGAUUGCAAUGGGAACGCCAGCUCAGGCUCGUCCUCCUGUGCUGCGAUUCACAGUGACUCGGCUUUUAUGGAGCAGGAACCAACCCAGAAGGAUGACAGGACUUCAACGGUUAAAGAUUUUAACACGGACUAUGAUCUGAUCAAACACGUCGACAAGGUUCACAUGACCACGAAGGCUUUCAAAUGCCCUGAAUGUGACAAGUCGUUUGUCGGUAAGUUCCUACUGACUGCGCAUUUAAGAAUUCACACGGGUGAAAAGCCAUACAAGUGUUCUUACUGUACGAAAUCAUUUGCUCAAAGAUCAAAUCUCAAUGUUCACACGAGGAUGCACACAGGGGAAAAGCCAUAUUUUUGCAAUACAUGUAGAAAAAACGUCGCCAGUACCAAUCAUCUAAAAAAAUGUCGUGCCAAAGAUCUAAAGUUUCUCUGUUUGAAGUGUGAUCAGAGAUUCCUCACAUAUACAAAACUGUUGAAUCACGACCAGAACCAUAAAGCCAGCACAUCCCAUACUCAUUAGUUUGGACAUUUGAUAAUAAUACAUUUUAUUUGUAUAGCACACUUUAAAAACAAUGUCAUCUCAAAAAAGUUAUAAUUAGUUCUUUAUCAUUGUUUUGCCACACAAGUACACAGCUCUGUCCUCCCUGAGUGUGCUUGAAGUUAACAAGAAGAACUGAUUAGAACAUUAGCUUUUUGUUAUUAUGUUGAGUCAAGUGAUCAGAAUCUAGGAUGCAACAAUUUAUAAGAAGGAGUUUGUUUGAAGGACAGUAAACAAGGAUUGAAUACUGAUGUAAAGGGCGGCUGUGGCUAAGUGGAUAGAGUGCUGGAUUUCGGAUCAGGGGGUCACAGGUUCAAACCCCACUGCAGUCAGCAUGUCGUUGUGUCCCUGAAGACACUUCACCCCAAAUUGCUCCUGUGGGGAUUGUCCACAGUAAUGAAUGUAUGUAAGUCGCUUUGGAUAAAAGCGUCUAACAAAUGACAUGUAGUAGUAAAGCUUGUCACUUGAACACAUAAGGACACAUAGCAUCUAGACAAUAAAUACAUAUCUGAAGAAGGAUACAUUUAGACCUAAGAAUAACAUUGUAAACAUUACUCGUUUGUCAAAGCGAGAUUCUUGAGAAAGUCAAAAUGCAGAUCAAGUUAUCUUGUGUCAUCAUUUGUUUUUGUUUUCUCUGUUGAAGGUUUUUUGUUUUGCUCAUUUGAGAUCUUGAAGCACUUUCCUCCUGAUCUGUAUAAUGCCUGUUUCUGCUCAUGAUUGUCUUGUUCUUCUUUUCAUUACAUGUUACUUAUUAGACGCUUUUAUCCAAAGCGACUUACAUACUCAAAUGAAUAAAAUCAUUUUGUGUAUUUUGAAAUGA